AUGGAUGAAUUGUACAACAAUUAUAUCGAUGGCUGCGGCCCAGCGGACGGGAGAACCAGAAGGCGACGAUGGCCUGAAGAACAGGAGUGUUGCAUUGAGUUUCUCGCCCGACAUGCUCGCAAUGCCAAUGUCAACUUCAACGUCAACUUCAAAAUCAGCGCCGAUGCCAACUUCAACGAUAACGUCUAUGUCAAUGCCAAUGUCACCGUAGAUGAUAAAGUAAAUAUUAACCGCAAAGGCACUGUCAACUCCAACGAUUACUUCAACGUUCACAUCAACAUCAACGCCAAUGUCAACACCAACAUUAGCGUCAAAGAUAAAGUCAAUAUCGGCCUAAAUGUCAAUGACAACCCCAACGCUAACGUCAAUUCCAAUGUCACUGUCAGAGUUAAGGUCAACGUUAGCCUCAAUACCAAUGGCAAUUCCAACGUUCACUUGAACGUCCACAUCAACAACAACGCCAAAAUCAACGCCAACGUUACCGCCAAAGAUAAAGAAAAUAUCAGCCUAAACCUCAAU